AUGGAAGAUUUAUUAAAAAAAGUAGAAGAAGCUAUUGAAUCUUCAAAUGGUCUUGAUAAUCUUGACGAAGUAAUUAAAAAGUUCAACAACACCAAAAAAGAUGAUUUGAUUCCAACAAUUAUUUUUGAAAGGGGUUUUUGUGAUGUAACAAGAAGAUUGGAAAAUUUGUCAAAUGAUCUUAUUGUUAUUAACUCAAAUGAUCAAUUGUUUGACAUACCAACAUUUAUUAAACUUCUUUUAGCAAGGGUAAAUAAUAUUUUCUCAGCUUCAUGCAACUCUGUAACAGAUUUAAAACACUUUCAUUUACCAGCUGAUAGAACAGAAAAGUUGUAUAUCAUUAUCAAACAUACAGAGUCUUUUCCCUCUGUUACAAUAGACAAAAUCAUCAGCACAUUAUAUGAGGUUAAGCUACCUGUUAUUUUAAUUUGUUGUGUAAGUACUAGUGAUAAUUCACUUUUUGUGAAAUGUUCAAGAUCUAAUUAUUUACUACUUGAUGUCAAAUAUGCUUCUAUUAAUUCACCUGAAAUUAUUUUUGAUGGAAUAUGGAAUAAAAUUCAAUUAGAUAAAACUAAUAAUUUUAUCUUUGAUUACGAGAUUAUUGAUAAAGCAAGGGAAACUUUUUUUAAUUAUAGUUAUUCAAUAAAGGAUGUCCACAAAUAUCUGGAACUUUCUAUUGCUUUUCACUUCAGCAAAAUUAAAAAUGGUCACGUGAUAACUGAUAAAUCUAAUAAUUUUUCUUAUUAUAAAAAUAUUUUUGUUGAUACUUUAACACUUCUUCAUGAAAUGACAAAAGAAUAUUAUUCAAAAAAAAGUAUUUGGUAUUUAUAUUCUAUGAUAUGUACUGAUAAAAAUUUAUUUGACACCAAGAAUGAUUGUGAGUUUAAUAAAUGGUUAUCAAUGUGGAACGUAUGGUGUAAAGAGAAAUUAAUCGAAUAUCUAGAACGUAUUAAAAUUAUUAUAAAUAUGGAUGGAUGUGACUUUCUUGAAUCAUUAUGUUGUGAAGUAGAUGAUCUUUUAAAAAGAUUAAAUACAUUAGAUUCAAGAAUUGCAGAUUUAAAAAAUCAACCAGUGGAAUUAACUAAUAUAAAGCAAGAUGAAAUAAAAAAAACAAGUAAAAAAAAUAAAAAUUAUAUAAGUAGACAUGAAAGGGCAAAAAAAUUAAUGGAUAGAAUGGAACACAUAAAAAAUUGUGAUUUAUUUUCAAAGGACAAAAAAGAUAUUUUUGCAUUUCUAUCAUUAUUUUUCAAAACAACUUUUAAUUAUUUAUUUGAUGCUACAAGUUCAUCUUAUUAUUUUAUUAAAUAUGCUCCAAUUAUACAAACAUUGACAAAUCCUCCAUCUGACUAUUUUAUUGACAUAGAUCUUAACCAUUUACUUAAUAAUUCUGAUCAGUAUUUCAACCCAAACACAACUGAUAUAUUAGAUGUUCCAUUAUCUUAUAAAAUACUUCAAUCUCUUACCAACAUUCACAGUACUAAACCUAUUUCAAUUGAAAAGUGGAAACAAGCUUUUAUUAAUGACUGUUCUUCUGAUGACAAGAUUUUACUAUAUUCAGAGGUGGAAAUUGUAAAUCCGGAGGAUUGUACCGAUAAUGGUAAGAAAGAAGAGAAAAGUGAGGAAAAUGAUUUGAAUGAUGAAAACAAAGAAAAAUCCGAGCAUAAUACAGAGGAUGAGAUGGAGGAUACUGAAAAUGAAACUGAAAAUAAUACUUGUGAUGAGGAAGAAAAUAUGAGUGAUGAAGAAAUUGAAAGUGAAACUGAGGAGGAUAAAUGGUAUGGAUCUGAUUCUAGAAAAAAAGCUAUAAAUAACUUGAUUUACUAUUCAAUUUUGAUGUUUGUUUUUCCAUUGCUUACAAUGUAUCUUUCUUAUCAAUUUGUCUUCAUAGAUUACUUCUAUUAUGAUACGGAUACUGCUGCAAUGUAUUCUGGUUUAAUAGCAGCUGGCAUUGUUUAUAUUGUUAUUAUAUCGUUUAUUUGGGAAGCGUACAAUGAAGAAAAAGACGCCGAAGUUAGAAAAAAAGCUUUGAAAUCUGACUAG